GAUUUGGGCACUGGCAUAGACACUCACACAGCAGGUCGCUAUGUGGCAAUGGUUUCAGUCUCCACCGAAAGGCAAACCGGAAUGCUGUCCAUCGAAGCUGCAGCAGCUGGACGUGUCAGUUCCCAAAAUGCCGAUGUAAGCGAGGAGGCAAGGUUGUCAAAAAGGCUUUCCAGCUUGGGCAAGCAAAGUCGAUGGGCGGGAGCUCUAAUGGAAUUGAUGGGCAUGCGGCUCACACAACUGACUCACACCAGCUCGCACAACGCGCUUGCAGCUGCGUGUGGCAAAAGUCAGGCCUGGGAAGUGGCGCUGGGCUUAAUAGGGGAUGCUUGGCACCGGUCGCUUCGACUUAAUGCCAUCACGUUUGGAGCGGGUGCUCUAGCUUGUCAAGUGACAGCUGCGUGGCGGCGUUGCACUCAACUUUUGAGCAACGCACGAGAGAUGAGCACCCAGGUGAAUGUCGUGUGUUGCACAGCAUUGCUGCACGCAUGUGGGCGAGCGAGUGGCGAAGGCAAAUGGGCAUUCGCGGUUCUGGAUUUAAUGAGGGCUGAGGCAAUGCAACUGACGGAGGUCAGUUUCGGUGCUGCAAUGAGCGCUUGUGCACCUGAGGGGCAGUGGCAAGCAGCACUAGUUUUGUUCAAAGAUUCACAGCAGAUGGGACCCAACCUGCACUGUUGCAAUGCCUUUCUAACGAGCUUGGAGAAAGGGGGCAGAGCGGAACAGGCCCAGGCGCUCCUGGACGAAAUGGUAGUCGUGCGACUGGAGCCUAAUCUGGUCUGCUUCAAUGCCAUGUUAAGCUCGCUCAUGGAGGCUGGCAAGGCUGUAAUGGCCACGAGGAUGCAGCAGUGGCUCGAAUCAGUAGAGAUUCUUGCUGGAAUGGCUGAGCAAGAGUUGGAUCCCACAUGCAUUGCAUACGAAGCCACAUUUGCAGCAUGCGAGGCUCGGAGAUGCCACGUGAUCUUCUUCAACGACGGCAUGCUGAAGCGAUACCUGGUGGUUGCCGACGGCUCUGAUGGUUUUUGCCAGCGGAGGUGUACCCUCAUGGCUGGAAAAGAUGCUUCCAGCGACUUGCGGGCUCUGCAAAACUCCUUCCAGAACAUGAAAGUGGAAGGCAAGGGCGAUGAUGCCUCCAAAAAGGCGUCGUUUACGUACAACGCAGAGCGCGUGCUUGGCAGCGGUUCUUUCGGAGUCGUGUACCAAGCCCAGGUGGUUGAGACAGGUGAGUCUGUCGCCAUCAAGAAGGUUUUCCAGGACAAGCGAUACAAGAACCGAGAGCUACAAAUCAUGAAGGAGUUGAAGCACCCGAACGUAGUGGAGCUGAAGCAUGCCUUCUACACUUCUGGCGAAAAGCCUGGCGAGACAUACCUUAAUGUUGUGAUGGAGUACUGCUCUGACACGGUCUACCGUGUCAUGAAGCAUUACAGCAAGAUGAAGCAGCCGGUCCCGCACAUCUUCGUCCAGCUGUACAGCUACCAGAUGGGCCGGGCCUGCGCCUACAUCCACGCUGUUGGGAUUUGCCACCGAGACAUCAAGCCCCAGAACUUGCUGGUCGAUGGGCAUACGCAUGCCCUAAAGUUGUGCGAUUUCGGAUCUGCGAAGCCGCUGGUCAGAGGGGAGCCGAAUGUGGCUUACAUUUGUUCCAGAUACUACCGUGCUCCAGAGCUCAUUUUCGGGGCCACUGACUACGGCUUUGUGAUCGACAUUUGGUCAGCCGCAUGUGUUUCGGCGGAGCUCAUUCUCGGGCAUCCCAUGUUUCCUGGCGAGAGUGGUGUUGAUCAGCUGGUGGAGAUCAUCAAAGUUUUGGGCACGCCAACUAGGGAGGAACUCAUGGCGAUGAACCCGAACUACACAGAGUUUAAGUUCCCACAGAUCAAGCCACACCCUUGGCACAAAGUUUUCAGAUCGCGCACCUCUCAGGAGGCUGUGGACUACAUUUCGAAACUACUUGUGUACGAUCCAAAGCUGCGACCUUCUGGACUGCAGUGUUGCAUGCACGCUCUAUUCGAUGACCUGAGAGACCCCAACACGCGCAUCAGCAGCUCAAAGCCCCUUCCGGAGCACUUAUUCGUUUUCUCCAAGGAGGAAUUGGCCGCGAUGGAUGCUGACAUGCAAAGGAAGCUUAUUCCAGCUUGGGUCGCCCAGAAGGCCGAGAAGGGGAAGACACCGUGA